UUAAAUUAAAAACAUAAUAAAACUUAAAAUACGUUUCUAAUUUUAAAUUGGGUUUGUUGUAGUUUAAAUAUACUUACAUAAGUAUUGAAAAUCAAUUUUGGUUGGAACAGAAAAAAUCACUUUUUAAACAAAAAUAUAUUUUUCAAGAAAAUUAACAAUGGGUGAACGACGUGGAACAAAAGCAUUGGAGCUUUGGUGCCGUCGUAUAACAGAAGGUUACCCAGGAGUCAAAAUUGAAAAUAUGACAACAUCGUGGAGAGAUGGUUUAGCGUUUUGUGCAAUGAUUCACCAUUUUAAACCAGAAUUAAUUGAAUUCGAAAAAUUAAAUAAAAAUGAUAUUUACUAUAAUAAUGAUUUAGCAUUCCGUACCGCAGAAACACAUUUAGGUAUUCCAGCACUGUUAGAUGCAGAUGAUAUGGCCACAUACGAAGUACCAGAUAGAUUAUCAAUUUUAACAUAUUUAUCACAAUUUUAUCAAGUAUUUGCCGCUCAAGAUUCAACAAAUCGUUUGAAACGCUCAUCAACAUCUGCUGAAAAAAGUUCAAUUACAAAAACACCUGGACCACCACCAAAGAUGGCCCACAUUGUUGGUGUACCAAAACGUGAACCAUGCAGAAAAUGUUCUCUUCCGGUAUUUUUAGCUGAACGGGUUAAUGUUGGCAAAAAUAUUUAUCAUCGGACAUGUCUCAAAUGUGCAAGAUGUAAAUCUCAACUUUCUCUUGGUAGUUUCUAUGAAACUGAGAUCGAUGGAGAGUUUUGUUGUGAAACUUGUCCGGAUGAAGAAUCUAAUAUUGAUGAUUCAACAAACUCCCCUACAGCUACAACAUCUCAUUCCGAAGAAAAUGUGAGCCCUAAUAGAAGUGUUGGUGUCAGAAAUUCCAUUGCUGAUCGUUUAGCAUUUUUUGAGAAAAGUGGUAAGGAUAACCAAUUGCUGCAAAAGAGUGUUACGGAUGAAGAAAAAAGCAAAAGCUUAAAAAAAAUUGCAGAACAAUACAAACCUAAUGCAGCACUAACCAAUUUUAUGAAUAGCACGCUAGGCGAUAGCAUCGGCGCUGCAAGUGAUGAAAAUAUUGAUAAGGAAGAAAUUUCAACAGAAGAAAACAGUAAAUGUGAUACAACUGUUGAAUCAAGUGAUGAAGAGAACGAGAGCAAUUUUAAAGAUCGACCGCCACAAUUGCCAAAAGAUGGACCACCUGUGGAUUAUGACAACGACGAUGAUGUAUUAUCAGUAGUAGUUGAAUCUCAUUCAACCAGUAACAAUAAUGCAAUUAUUGAUCAAAAUGAACAAAAAAUAAAUAAUGAUAAUGCUCCAAAUUUUAUUUCGAACACACAAGUAUUGCUUACAUCACCAUGUAAUAAAAUCAUAAAUGCAACACAAAACCACCACAAUCAUUACCAUAAUAUUGCUAAUAAUAAUAAUAUUUAUAAUAAUGAUUUAAAUUUAAGUUCUAAAAUUACCAAAGAUAUUUCGAAUAUCCAAAAUGAUGAUGUACAGACGAGAACAACAAAUAACACGAAAUCGGCUUUCAAUAUUACUCCAGAUACGGAUGAAUCUAUUUCCUUAAAUGUAGAAUUACGUAAUAAGGAAGAACCAUUAAAAGCUACGUCAAAAUUAAAUUCAUUUCAAUCAGAUUCUAAUAUGAAAAUUGAUCUUACCGAACAGCGUCUAAGUGUGGUGCGUUCCCGUCUGCAACAAUUUGAAGAAGUUUUAAAAUCAGAAGAAGAUAUGAAUAAUUGUAGAAAAUCCACAAUUAGUAUUAGUAGUUCUAAUAAAUUGAAUAUUGUAGGAAAUUCUAAACUAGUUGAUAAGUCAGUAACAAAAAUUACUGAAGGGAAAGAUGAAAAUACGAUGUUGAAUUUAACAGGAAAUGAAGUGCCUAAUGAAAAUACAAUAAUUACUAAAGAAUCAAAUAAAAUUCAAAGAGAAUCAUCAAGUGAUGAUUUAAAGCAUAAUAAAAUAGAAGAAAUGGAAGUUGAUUCCAAACAUGAGGAUAGCAUAACAUUAAACAAAAUUGAAAAUCAAAAUGAUUUACAAAAUAUAGAUGGAAAUGGAGUUUUAGAGGAAGAAAUUUCGGCUGAAACAAAACCUGCAGUAAUGGAAAAAGAAAUCGAAGAGCAAAUAAAAUUAUCAGAGGAUGACAAACAAGCAGCCGUGAUAAACGGAAAAGAAUCAAAUGAAAUUGUGCUAACGUUACAUACAUCAGCUGAAACAAAUUUAAAAAAUGAAAACGAUGAAAAUAUUGCAGUUGAAAUUAGUGAAGAGUCUCAAAUCAGUGCAAACACACAAGGUGAUAACAACACCUAUAUACCGCCUAAAAUUAGUUUGGAUAAAAAUAUUAAAAAUAAUCUAAAACAUAUGGCGGUAGACAUAUCACAAAAAAAUGAAGAAAAGAAAAGAAACACGUCAAUUAAUAGGGAAACUUGUGAUAACAACGAAAUAAUGAAAUCCGCUGUUAAUCAGGAAGAAAACGAAUAUCCAGAUGAACUAAAUCCAUUUGCAAGUGAUGACGAUGAUGAAAAUGAUACAAAAACAAAACAAAAAACAGAUGAUGGUAGUAUGCACAAAAAUAUUAUUCAGAAAGAGGCAAUAAAUAAUAAAUUUGAAGAACCAGAUAGAAGAAAAAGUUUAAAUCCGUUCGACAAUUCUGAUGAUGAUGAAAAUUUAGAACAAGUUGAACAGAAUCAAGAUAUAAAAUUAAAGCCACCUCGUCCGCCACCUCCAAAAAUUUCAAAAAAUCCUUUUGGUAGUGAAUCUGAAGAAGAAAACGAAGCUUUAAUUGACAGCGGGAACACAAGCCUCGUUUCAAUGGAAUCAGGGAAGCGAGCUCCAGUACCAACCCCAAGAUCUCAAUUAACACCAACAAAUAAACGUAAUUUAACACCAGAGCCAACGCCUAGAUCUGCACGUCAAAGUUUUAGUACUGACACCCGUUUAGGUAACUCCAGUGAGUAUUAUGGCAGCAGUGCCUCAUUAAAUACUUCAUUGACAUCACCAAAUGGAAAAGAUCAUUUUUAUCGCCACCAUGAUACAAGAAGUUCUAAUAACUCUUUGGCUUCAUCAGCAGGCGGUAGUAGUGGAGUUAAUACAAUUAAAUCACGUAAGAAAAAAGCGCCUGCACCUCCUCCACCAGCAACAUUAACCAGUGUUAUUCCAAAAGCGUCAAAAGAAUUGUUUUCUCCUAAUGAGUUAGAGAGUAAAAAAUCAACACCGGCAUCAAGUACUUCGACUACUCCACAAAUGGCAAGAAAAAAAAGACCAGCCCCAAAACCACCAACUGGAUUAGUUACUUCCAAAAAAGACGAAAUUCAGUUGACUGAAAAUGUGCCACAAUCAUCAAAUUUAUGUUCUCCAAGUGAAACUGAAACUAGUUCUGGUAUUAAAAAUAAUUUUGCUAACAAUUCUGAAGAAGUUGUAAAUAAAUCUGAAAUUGAUAAAUUAAGCGACGAAGAAAAGGUCGCGCAUUUAGACGGCCGGCAGUUUUUUCUUGAGGCGACCUCUACAUCUAACAAAGUUCCUGAAAUCUAUCAAAAAGAAGACAAAACAUUGAAGGAAGUUUCUUUGAUAACAGAAGCAACACAACAAGGAGAAUCCUCUAUUGAAAAUAAUGUUCAGAAAACUGGGGGUGUAGAGUGUAUUGAAAUUAAAGGAAAUAACACCAUAUUCACUCAAAUAAAUCAAACUAGUAAUAUUGAAGGCAGUCAAAUUAGUAUGCAAGAGGAUUCUUGCAUCACAAAUCCUACUAGCAUUGAAUUAUCGCAUGAUCGGCAUAUUGAAAAAAUUAAAGACAACAAAGAAUCUAAGAAUCGUAAUCGUCAAAGUCAACACUAUAACGAAGAUAUACAUACAGAUCCUUUAUUCAACAAAUCAGUCCAUGGAAAAUGGAAACGUAGAAAAGGUCCAGCCCCAUCAUUACCAGUUCCACCGCGUAAGGUUUUGCAAAUGUUACCGUUACAAGAAAUAAGACAUGAAUUAGAAAUUAUUGAAGUACAGCAACAAGGGCUUGAGAAACAAGGUGUUAUUCUAGAGACUAUGAUCCGAGAACGAUGUGAAGGCAAAAAUGGAGAAUUAAUUAAUCAAUCUGGCACUUUGGAUGAAAAGCAACCAAAUUCGAAAGAGGUUGAAGAUUUAAUUUUACAAUUGUUUGAAUUAGUAAAUGAAAAAAAUGAAUUGUUCAGAAGACAAGCUGAAUUGAUGUACUUAAGACGACAGCAUCGUUUAGAGCAAGAACAAGCUGAUUUGGAAUAUGAAAUUAGGGUUUUAAUGGCCCAACCAGAAAGAAAUAAAACUGAUUCAGAUAAAGCUAGAGAAGAAGCAUUGAUUGCUCGCCUGGUGGAAGUUGUGCAAUUAAGAAAUGAAGUUAUAGAAUGCUUAGAAAUGGACAGGUUAAGAGAAGCUGAAGAAGAUCUUAGUAUAAAACAACGUUUAGAAAUGCAUGCUGCUAAACGGGAUGAAGAACUAUGCAAACAAACUCCAACUAAGCUGUCGAAAAAAGAAAAGAAAAAACAAAAAGAAUCUAAGAAGUUAGGAAAGUCUAAAAAAAUUGACGCAGACAAGGAUGCUGAUGAAACUGAAAUAAACCUGGAAGCACAAAAAAAGAAGAAAAAAAGGAAAUUUAUUUUUUCUGUUUUGACAUCAUCUAAGACGGAAUAAAAUUUCGAAAAUCAUUUGUAAAAUGAUAAUUAAUAAACUAAUUGAAAUUAUAAUUAUUUUAUAUCGAAUAAAAUUUUUAAUUAGACUGUACAUAGAUGUAAUGUUUAUAAAGUUGUUGAAAAUGUAAUGAAAAUUCUAUUUUUGCACAAAAAGAUUGCAUUUGAAGUAUUAUGUAACAAAUAGAUCAUAAAAUUUCUAAAAA